AUGUCAAGGACAGACUUGCACGGGGAGUGCCAGAUUCCGUUUUACCAGGAAGAUCUCUUUCCUUCGACUGGUGGAUUUAUUGGCGGACGUUUCUGCCAGCAAAUCGGCAACGUUUCCUGCUGCGUGCCAUGUCCUUUCGCAUCAUGGACCUACGGUGAAGGCGUGCAGGAGAAGUCGAGAAUUGCGAGCUGGCUUUCAGUUGCCGUACUACCUCUCUGCAUUUUCCUUCUGGUUUCCUAUGCGGUCUUGCCUGCAAAACGAACCCACCGUCACUAUUUGAGUAUCUGUUUCACGUUGGGCAUUUGCUGCAUGCAGAUUGCCUUCAUCAUCCCUCUUGGUGUGAAACCGGAACAAUGCCACAAUAUAAUUACACCCAAUGACAUGUACUCCAGUCUGUCUUGCGCUUUUACUGGCGCAAUGCUGCUUUUCGGAGGAUGGGUGGUGGUCGUGUGGAGUUUUAUUCGUACUAUCGCCUUUCAUCUCCAGGUAUGCUGGGAAGUCAUCAUUGGCACUAAGUUUAUGUGGGGGUCAUUUAUCUGUGGAUGGGGCAUACCCAUCAUCGGGACAAUCGUGAUGCUCACCCUGACCGGAGUAUCAUAUCGAUUUGGAGAAGUUUGCCAUAUUAACAUCCAAAGCAGUCUGCAUGACUACUGGAUUCCUAUUAUGAUAUUCGCCACUGCCGCCCUGUUUGUGCAAUUUGCAACUAUGGGAUACUGCGUGCACGUCUACAUCAAGUCGCUUUUCGACACGAACUCGUCCACAAACAGCUCCGGCAUGCCAUCGUAUUCCUCGAGUAUCCGAACCGUGACUGCUCGUCAAGCUUACCGACGGAUCCGCAAAAUUCUGAAGCUGCAGUGGAGAAGCAACUGUCUUGUGGUGGUUAUCAUCGCGAAUGUCAUUGUCUUUGCUGUUAUAUUCAUGAAUCUAGACAAUCAGCUCAGCCCAACCGCGGCGAAUACCGAGAACGCCUUGCCAUGGCUGCUUUGUCUCGUGGAAGCCCACGGCGACAGGACAAAGUGCUUCGGUUACACCACGGACAUUGGACCAACGAAAGGAACCCUUCUGGCGCUUUUGGUUCUUUUAUCUCUUGUCGGGUUAUGGAACUUUGUUCUCUUUGCACGCGGGUCAAUGUUUGUCGGCUGGAUCGACCUCAUUACAGGCAGGAGCCCAACUCAUCCUGAGUUCGUUUCUGCCGACGCUCGAAAUCUACUAAGCGACAAACGUACGUACGAAAUGCUCAACAGCAAUGGGUUACCAUCUUACAAAACCCCAGAACCCGUUGUGCGAUCCCCAAGCCCUACCUACACCUCCAGGACAAUGAGCCCUGACCUCAAGCAGUACGGGCGCGACGCCAAGUAUGUGCGGCCAUCGAUGAGCUUCUCUGGUCCUCGACCCCCAAGCGCAUCGCAAGCAAAUGCCCGAGAGUGGGAUCCUCAGUCCACCUUUGCACAGGGUCGCUACUAA